UUUCUGGUGCAUGUAGUGUUCACCAUUGUAUACUUUUAGAAAAACUCUUUCUUAUUGUAUUUUCGCUAACCUUUAAUAAAAAGAAGAUAAUAGCAAAUCAUAUUUCUUAUUUUGUAUUUGAGCGUCUAACCAAGUAAAUCAUACUGACAGCAUUAAAAUCUCCCUUAUUCGACACUAAAAAAGAGCUACAAUAACUCUGCCAAUCAGAAAUCAUACUGAGGUCGAGAUUUUUUUCUCUUUUUUUCAUAAUGUCAAAAAUGACUACACGGCUUGCUCAUGACUCCAAGAAAAUAAACCCAAAAUUCGAUGGCUACAAGCUUCGUCCAUGCUCAGAAAUAGCAAAUGUCCAUCGUACUGAGCUUGAGGAAAAUGGCAUUCAAGUAGAAAAUAUAUCUGUCAGAGAUCACAGACUGGGAUUCAGAGAUCUUCAAGCACGUAUUCGCCAGAGUCAUUUGUUUUAUGGACAUCCCUUAGACGACAAUAGAGCGGUUGCUUUUUUGAUAGAUAAAGAACACCAGCUGAAUGCUAUUGUAUACAACAAGAGCACAAAAGAAACACAGUUUCAUCUUGUAACCCAGCUGAUUAAGCCUUUGGGAUCCAUACCUUCUUUUAGUGAACCGGAUGUACGAGUACCCAUUGAGCCUCAAGCAUCAUCAGUGGUUGCCAUCAACUCUGAAUUACUUCUAGUUUCCAACGGUAUAGGCCAUAUUGAGUUGAUUGGAAUAGAGGAAAAGCAAGGAAAGAUACUAGGUGCCUCACUAGGCUCUGUCUCUUAUACGGGCGCGGGUAAUGAAGGGAUCGAGCCUGUGCCAUGCUAUUUGCUGACAGCUCGCCAAAAGAGGAAUAAAGUGAUUGCAGUCUUGUACAGUCGAACGGCAUCCAAGAGUACAGAGUUUAAUAUUGCGACCGUAGAACUGGAAAUUCCUACUACUGAAGACCAUAAGUCUGAUGGCAGUUAUAAUUUACACUUUAAAGUUCUUCAUAUAGAAACAGGGCCUGAAGUUCCUGCUUACUAUGCCAUUACACCUUCUGGAGAGCGCGUUAUCUUAGGCAGUGAAACCAAGUACAAUAGAGUAAAACCAAAGCAUGAUACAAUUACGGAUGAGUCUACGACACCUAUGGAUAUGGAUGAACCAAUAGUGGAGACCAAGGAAGUUACCAUGGAAGAAAAGACACCUUUGUACAAAUGGAGCCAGGAAGGACCCGACAUAACUGUAUGGUUUCAAAUACCUGUACGCACUCCAAAGUCUGCUAUUAGCUGCAAAUUUAUCAGCGAUCACCUUAGCCUUAUUGUACAAGACACACCGAUUGCCUUUCCAUUCCGCAGACUUUGGAGCACUGUGCAUGCGGAUGAAUGCGUUUGGACAUUGGACAGCGGCAGUGGACUACUAACAUUAUUCAUGACCAAGGCAGAUGAGCACACGCGAUGGCCACAAUUGUUUGAUAAAGACGAUGGCGUCUUGGAGACACUAUCGCCUAGUGAACUGGCUGAGAUCAGAGAAAGACUUGCCAAAUUUACGUCUGAAGAAGAUGAGAGUAACUCCAAGUAUGUGAAAGCAGCUCAGCACCCAGCCGCAACGGAUAUGGAUGAAGACAUUGACGAUGCUGGACAGCCUGUUGUGUUUAGUGUAUAUGAUACCAUGGGUAACGAGAUUGAAGAAUUUUCAUCGGGUUCUUAUCGUUGGAUUGGAAAGUCUUUUGACAUGUUUCAUAGCAUUCCUUCUGUAUGCCUUCAGCUGGAUGUUGAUGGCAUUGUGUUUAGGUUUGUUGAAAAACAUGACCACACUGUCCAAGUUGAGCAUGCUGCUACCUUCGAUGCAUUUGCAUUUGUCCAAGCUUCAAAAAGAGAUGCAAGAUAUAUACUUCAUGACCCGUCGUACCAUUUUGCUUGUGUGAUCGAAAGCACACGAAAUGCUUACAUCUACUUGCAUCAUAACGAUAAACGAACGACAGAAACGCAAACUCUCGUUGACUUGACACAAGGACAAAACGCAGACAUCAUUGGUGCUCAGCUUGUACUAAAAGACACUUUGAUGAUCUUGACUGAAUCACAAGUUAUUGUUAUUGACUUGUCAGAAUAAAAUUUCUCAUACUCCAAAUCGAGCUUGAUGUGAUAGUUACACGAAGCUGUCAGGGGGAAAAGUAAUACGCGGGUAUUAUUAAAGCAGAAAUAAAUGUGGGGAAACUCCCGGC